CUAGUUGGGUUCUAGUUGGGUUCUAGCUGGAUUCUAGCUCAGCAAUAUGUCUUCUGGGGUGUUUCUGGGGUGUUUCUGGUGCGAGUUGGUAGGUACUGUUAUUUCCUGUGGGUAAGACAUGAGCAAGAUGUGAGGGGGACAUGAGCGAGACAUCAGAGACGAUUGUGUUUGUGUAAUGAUGCCAAGGUAGUGUAUCAUCCCGUGUGACGAGAACAAGAACCAUAACAAAAUGGUGCCGACAUCCUACGAGUUGAUUCAAGCUCUACGCAAGACCUAGGACCUAGGUACACCUGUGAUCGUCAAAUUUCAACCUUCAACCUUCGAACGACUUCGAACGACUACGAAUAUCUACGAACAUGACAACCACCAUCUCGUCGCUAUCUCUACCGUCCUUGCGCGCGAUCUCCUAUGCCCUGACAACGGCGUCAUCCGAUCCCGAUCCCGAUGUCGAUGUACCGACUAUCCUCUUGUCCAACUCCCUAUGCGCAUUGUUUACCUCAUGGGACCACGUCGUUCCAAAGCUUACCUCGAGAGGCUUCAACGUAUUGCGCUAUGAUCAGCCAGGCCACGGGGAUUCUACUGCCCCGGAAGAUUUAUCCUCCACUACUUUCCAUACUCUAGCCGACGACGUUCGAGUGCUUCUCGACCAUCUCUCGAUUACGCGGUUACAUGGCUGGGUCGGCGUUAGCAUGGGUGCGGCAAUCGGCAUGGUAUUCGCUGCUAAAUACCCCAACGUCGUCCAGAAACUCAUCGUGUGCGAUACCAUAUCCUGCUCUCCCACCAAUAUCGGAGCUGCCGACGUGUUUGGUCCAAGGGUCGCGGCGGCUCGUGAUGUGGGCAAGAUGGAUGGAAUAGUCGAUGCCACGCUCGAGCGUUGGUUUGGAAGUGCAUGGAUGGAUACCAACCCAGACGAAACAAGCCGGAUGCGAGACCUGAUGCUGAAGACGACCAUCGACGGGUUCGAGACAUGUUGCGCGGCUCUCAGAAGCCAGACAUUCGACCUUCGCCCCUUAGCCAUGGAAGCGGGCCAGGGAGUUGACGAAGCGUUGUUCCUCGUCGGCGAGAAGGAUGCGAACUUACCAGAAACCAUGCAGCAAUUACGAAAAGGCGUCGAGCAGGGGUUGAGGAAGAAGGAUGGCAAUGCAUCUGUGGAUUUGCAUGUGAUUAAAAGUGCCGGCCACGUCUGUUACGUGGACGGCUAUGAUGAAUUCAUUGCUACUGUAACCCAUUUCUUGGGUCGAUAGACAACCACCGUAACUCCCCUGGCCCCGAGGUCCGUUUCGUUCCAGUUGAUUGUAUCUGCUUUUGACCAACUAUCAAUCCGUACCCCCAUCCGUACACUAAUCAAUACACUAAUCCGUACACCACCAAUCCGUACAGGAGACACGAUAUUUCCUCACGGUAUCAAUCACAUCGGUCCAG